ACUGUUGGUUAAGAAGAAGGGUGGAAGAAGGGGAGAGACAGAGCCUCCAUUUAUUUGUUUACCUUCCUACCUGAAGCCUUCCUUCAACCUCUCUCUCUCUCUCUCUCUCUCUCUCAUGGCUAGCUUGUUAAGGGGCUAUAUUAGUGUUGUUGUUGGAGUGGUAGUUUUAAUAGCUACGGGGUGUGGAGGGGGAGGGAUAGGAAGAUGUGAGGCAGCAGAAGGGGUGGACCAUGUUGUUGGAGGUGAUCAAGGGUGGGAUGCUGCUUCUGAUGUGGCUGCUUGGUCCAUUGACAGGGUCUUCAGGGUUGGAGACAACAUCUGGUUCGCUUACUCUGCAACUCGAGAGAGCAUCAUCGAGCUAGCGAGCAAGGAAGAAUUUGAGUCUUGUGAGCUUGACAAACCAAUUCGGAUGUACACCAGCGGGCUCGACCGGGUGAGCCUCGAUGGAGCCGGUGCGCGCUACUUUUCCAGUGGUAAGCUCGAGAGUUGCCAGAAUGGGCUCAAAUUGCAUGCAGAGGUGGUGCCCCAAGUCGAAGCCGGCGAGCAAGCGGAUCAGGUUAAGCAGGUCAUGAAAGCUAAAGAAUUGGCAGCAGGGCCCCAACCAUCGGGCUCGAGCCAUAUAACACAAUCAGCUUUGAUGGUGAUUGGGUUUGUUCUACUUUGUUUUAUGGCCCUCUAAUGGGCUCAUCUCUUGUCAUCUACUUUCUUGCUCCUUCCACUAUAGUUGUUGUUUUUCUCACUAUGCUUGUGUUUGGAUCUUGGAUUCUAAAAUCAGCCCUCUUUUAAUUUUUUGCUUGAGUAA